AUGGGUAGAAUUCCAUGCUGCGAAAAGGAAAACGUCAAACGAGGUCAAUGGACUCCUGAAGAAGACAACAAACUCUCGUCUUACAUCGCCCAACAUGGCACCCGCAAUUGGCGCCUAAUUCCCAAGAAUGCUGGUCUCCAAAGGUGCGGAAAGAGUUGUAGGCUGCGAUGGACCAACUACCUUAGACCUGACCUCAAGCACGGCCAGUUCUCCCAACCAGAAGAAGAAACCAUUAUGAAGCUUCAUGCAGUUGUAGGCAACAGAUGGUCACUAAUUGCUGCUCAGCUUCCUGGUCGCACUGAUAAUGAUGUCAAGAACCAUUGGAACACCAAGCUCAAGAAGAAGUUGACAGGCAUGGGAAUCGAUCCUGUUACACACAAGUCUUUCUCUCACCUAAUGGCUGAGAUCGCAACCACACUUGGACCCCCACAGGUUGCCAAUCUAACCGAAGCAGCCCUCGGGUGUUUCAAGGAUGAAAUGCUCCACCUCCUCACCAAGAAGCGCAUUGACUUCCAGCUCCAACCUACGAGUUCACAGGGUAAUAUCAAUUCCCCAUAUGUUAUGAGUACUAAGCCAGAGGUCAAGGAGGAUACUGUAGAGAAGAUCAAACUAGGAUUGUCAAGAGCUAUACAACAGCCAGAUAUGAUAAUCGCAAACAAGCCUUGGGAACCAACAGUAGGAGCAGCAUCAACUCAUAUCAAUGGGGCCUGUAAUGCAUUCACCGCAUUUCAGUAUGGUCAAUCUGCUUUUGGCCCUGACGAAGAUGGAUCACCAUGGAGCCAAAGCAUGUGUUCUACAGCAGGAGACCAACUAGGGCACUUGAAACUCGAAGAUGAAAAUGGAGAAGAUUCUGAAGGUGGAAAGGACAUUAGAAAUGGAUCCAGCAUAUUCAGUACUGAUAGUAUCCUAUGGGAUUUGCCAUCAGACGACCUAAUGAAUCCCAUCGUGUAG